AUGUCAAACACUUCUAUUCUCUUCUUCCCUGGCUCAUAUUGUCUGACGAGCCUCUACCAACCACUCCUCGAUGCGGUCACUGAAGCGGGGUAUGAGAUCAAGGCCAUUCAUCCACCGACAGUAGGGCCGAGAAGUCGACAAGGUUAUGCACAUAAAGCACCUUCCAUGUACGACGACGCUUCGGUCCUUGCACGGGAGGUUGAACAGUUGGCUGAUGAGGGCAAGGAUGUGAUAAUCGUCGGCCACUCUUAUGGUGGAGUCCCAAUGACCCAAGCGUCAAAAGGCCUGGGCAAAGAGGAGAGGAAGGCACAGGGCAAGCCUGGAGGCAUCGUACGGCUUGGCUAUAUGACCGCCAUCGUCCCAGAACAUGGGCAGUCAGCUCGUGGAGCCAUAAGCGUAGUCCCAGCCGAGGGACAUCCUCGCAUAGAGGUCGAUGAACAUGGCUGGAUGCUGAUGGCCGAUCCUGCGGGGACUGCGAGCCUCAUCCUUCAGCAUCUGCCGCCUGACGAGGGGACAGCUAUAGUCAGUGAUUUUGCAAAGCACUCCGCCCAAAGCUUCCUAGACCCGGUGACAUACACAGGGUACAAGGACAUUCCUGUCUCGUACUUGCUCUGCGAGGAAGAUCUGGUCGGACCUCCCGAUCUGCAGAGAUCGUGGAUUGAAAUGAUCGAACGAGAAAGUGGCCGAAAAGUUCAUGUCACAGCUGUGCAAACAGGCCACAUGGUCAACGUGACGGCCGAAAAGGAGGCCGUUGACUGGGUCCUUCAAUUGGCAAAGAUGGCUGAUGCGUAG